AUGCUGAUCGAGUCUGGAGACGAGCGAGCCGAUAUCACUGUGAUAUUCGGCUGCUCAAUUCCCCAGAGAGACAGACCGCUAAGGCAGCAAAGAUAUCAGACAAGAGCAGCACCAGGCAGUCCUCCUGGCCCUGUUCAUCACGGCCAGGCAGCCGUAGCCUGUAAUUAUUCCGCGGGUUCUUCUGCUUCUCGUCUUCAUCGUCGUCGUCCUUGCUUGCCCCUGAGCGAGCCUGCAACUCCCACCUCCUCGUCCUCCAGCGUCUCCAAAGACUCAAAUAGCGAGCGCAAUCAAUGUCGAGCAGCUCUCUGCAGAGCCCGCCAGGCCGCCGUGGCAACCUCGGCCAGGCAGCAGGAUCUCUGUGUAUCAAGUCGUAGUUGA